AUUCGUGGAUCGAUACCCACAGUCACCUAUAUUGUAUAGUCGAAUGUUUAAGAAGAGCUUGAUUUGGAAUUUCCUAAUUUAUACCAUUCGCAUUGAUAAUGUUUCCCUAUUUGGAAUGGAAAUUUUAGUAAAAGAAUCCUUAAAUAUUUUAGAUUCCGUUAAGAAUGUUUGAUUUCAUAUGAUCAUAGUUUGACUCUUGUUAGAAGAAAAGGGUUCUCUGCUGAAACAAACGCGCCGCGCCACCACUGACAGUGAACAAGGAACAAGAGAAAUGUAUUCAUGUGUUGUUGUUCCUCACCCCAUUUUUCUCCACAAAACUUCGCUAAACCCAAAGAUUUUUACUUCUAUGCGGAUCCGUGCUAUGUCGAAUCAACCUUCUACUUACAUUCCCGCUGCUCCAAUUUUUCUCCCUGAAGGUCCAUGGAACCAGAUUCCAGGAGGAGUUACGGCUGCAGAAGGAUUCAAAGCUGCUGGAAUGUAUGGAGGGUUGCGUGCCGUAGGAGAAAAACCUGAUCUUGCACUUGUUACUUGUGAUGUCGAUGCUGUAUCCGCGGGGUCGUUUACGACUAAUGUGGUUGCUGCUGCGCCAGUGUUAUACUGCAAAAAGACAUUAGACAUUUCAAACACUGUAAGGAAAAAUGCACGUGCUGUGUUAACUAAUGCAGGUCAAGCAAAUGCAGCUACGGGAGAAGCAGGUUACCAAGAUGUCAUAGAAUGUGUGGAUAGCCUUGCUAAGCUACUGAAAAUGAAGCCAGAAGAAGUUUUAGUUGAAUCCACUGGUGUAAUUGGUCAGAGAAUCAAAAAGGGGGCACUUUUAAACUCACUUCCCAUGCUAGUGAAUUCACUAUCAUCUUCAGUUGAGGGGGCAGAUUCUGCAGCAGUAGCAAUCACCACAACAGAUCUUGUCAGCAAGAGUGUGGCAAUUGAGUCUCUGGUUGGAGGAACUAAGGUCAGAGUUGGGGGAAUGGCAAAAGGUUCUGGAAUGAUCCACCCAAAUAUGGCUACCAUGCUUGGGGUAAUAACUACUGAUGCUCGGGUAACCAGUGAUGUUUGGAGAAAGAUGGUGAAGAUUGCUGUCAAUCGAAGUUUCAACCAGAUUACUGUAGAUGGAGAUACUAGUACUAAUGAUACUGUAAUUGCAUUAGCUAGUGGGUUGUCUGGACUUGGCUGCAUAUCUUCAAUAGACAGUGAUGAGGCUAUUCAACUUCAGGCAUGCCUAGAUGCGGUAAUGCAAGGUCUUGCCAAAUCUAUAGCUUGGGAUGGAGAGGGAGCAACAUGCCUCAUUGAGGUCACUGUGACUGGUGCAAAUAGUGAGGCUGAAGCUGCAAAAGUCGCACGCUCAGUUGCAUCAUCUUCACUUGUAAAGGCUGCUGUAUAUGGUAGAGACCCCAAUUGGGGACGCAUUGCUGCUGCAGCAGGUUACUCAGGGGUUUCUUUCAACCAAAAUCUACUCAGGGUGGAACUGGGGGAUAUUUUACUAAUGGAUGGUGGGGAACCUCAAUCAUUUGACCGGGAUGCGGCGAGUAGUUAUCUUAAAAGGGCUGGGGAGUCCCACGGUACAGUUAGAAUUCAAAUAUCAGUUGGAAAUGGACCAGGAAGUGGACAAGCAUGGGGCUGUGAUUUAAGCUACGAUUAUGUCAAAAUAAACGCAGAGUACACAUCAUAACCAAAUGGAAAUGAUACGAGCUGGCAUAAUCUAUGAUAUGUGUACUAGUUUUCUUUUACCAUUAUUCACCAUUGAAGUGAACCAGAAUAAUUUGAUUGCUACAGAAAUAUCAGUACACCAAUGGUUAGAUCAAUAAAAUCAAUAAAAUUUUCUUGAGGCA